AUGCCUGAUCCCGACGAGGACGCCGCGGCUGGGACUCCUCCUCACAGUCCGCCCGCCAAGCUGCUACCAGAGAUUUACGCGGAAAUCUUUCGUCACCUCCUGCGCCCUCCUCCACUCCUGUCCGAGCGGGCUGAGCGCCGUAAUCUCAGCCAGGCAGACCUAGCACUGCUGAUGAGGACGAGUCGACUCUUCAACCAAAUUGCCGCACCCUACCUCUAUUCCACAAUCCGUACUUGCAAUCUCUCCUCCCUCACCUACGGCCUCGACACCUUUUCAGUCCUCGGCGUACCCAGUAAAUUUGAGCUCCUCAAUUACACUCGCAAACUAUACCUGGAGUAUAUCGAAAAAGGCGAGCCGGGAUAUACCAAUCUCCUUGCCCACGGCGGCGCCUACUUUCACCUUGUCGAGCCUACGGGCAUGGAGGCGUCCACAUUCGCCCAUGAAGAGUGCAGGGCCGUCACGGAAGGCAUGGCCCUGGCACUAGUCAUGAAAGCGUUCCGGAACCUCACGUCCAUCUCAACAGGCUCAUAUACGGGACGGCAAGGUGACUACUACAAGCGUCUAUUCGGAUUUCGCUCCAUACACCCGGACCUGCCGGGCAUGAUGUUCAGAGCGGGUGGAGUCCUGAUCGACCUGGCCGCCGAUGUCCCCGUCGAGAGUGUGUGUCAGUGGGUUGGCACCGGCCCACUGACGUUCGAGACUCCACGGAAGCCGCUUCUUUUCAGGGCGCAUAUCUCAACCGAGUCCGCGGCCAUCCCAGUCUGCCUAGGCCGUACUUCGCGCUGGUACUACGAUGUGCAGCCGCCAGCAGGCGGACCAGACACUGAGGCAGUACUCGGUACCGCACUUCACGCGUUGGUGUACGCCAUCCUCCUCCACGCGGUCGAGCGGUUCAUUGCCGUGCAGAGCUGGCCAAAGAUACAUCCUGCCGCCGAGGCUAUGUACGGCCACACUUCCAUCCAUCUCGACAUCUUCCUCGCCGACCGCUUUGCACAGACACCCAUCUUGCAAGCGCUCCGAAGCGAUAUCCCUACGACCAUACUCCGGAUGUACGAACUCCUUGGCCUACCGUCGGAAUGGUGCGAAAAGGAUGUUUGGACCUUUGAGCCUAUCGGGAGAGCACCCGCAUGCGAGGCGUGCUACUGGUCUCCUACAGUGCCUCCGAACCAGAAAUCGCCUCUCCCGAGUCUGAGUUUGAUGCGCGUUAAAGGCGUGCUUGCGAAGGCUUAUGAGGACUUGAUACCGCGGGCUCGCUCGCUACUGGAAUUCAGGGGGCGGGACGAGUCGAGUCUGGGGUUUUGA